AUGCCGGCGAAACGUUUGGGAAUGUAUAACGUUCACGGUUCAACCUUGGAAAUAAUGAUGCAGACAAUGGACUCCGGACUAGCUGAAAGCGUCCAACUCCUUGACGCCUCAGAACAGCUGCGCGGCCUGUUACCCGCCUAUUCUGCUGUCAGUCUUUCGCAGACCUCCAGAACAACUGAAGCCUCUGCUGGAGCAUGCCCUAUAGCCUGGGACGAAGCAAAGGGGAGAGCUGAGAUUCAGGGAUUAAAUAACAGGCUACCAGUGCUUCCUGACUUCAACCAAUCAAUGUCUUCAACUCUGCUCAGUGGAGUCUCUCCACUUCCAGCAUUCCAGGUUACUUAA